UGGGGAAAUUCAAGGUGGUCAAAUCCCGUAAAUGCACAAAAAGGAGCUGGCCGUUUCCACGCCUGAAUCAUUCCCACUUCCCAGUGGUGACCAAUGAAUAUUUCGCCAGAUUUCUGAUAGCGCUGUGACUAAUGAACUGAGGGGAAUGGGCGUCGCCUCUCCACGUUUCAGUUGCUCGUUCCUACAGUAGGCUAGCCUACCAGUUAUUUCUACGCCAAGGCUUCCUGGUCGCAGCGAGAGAACGGGAACCUUCAACUUCUGUACAGCUCCGUUAUUUAUCAGGUGGGAAAGGUAGCACCCUGUGGAAACGUGAGAAAUAAAGAUGGCUACUACUACCAGCCCCUCUGAAAUAGACCAGGAGUUCCAUGAAUGGAAACUCAAAUACAACAAGAUCUACAGCACUCCAGAGGAGGAAGCGCGGCGGAAAGUCCUCUGGCUGGCCUGCCGGGAGAAGGUGCUGGCCCACAACAAACUGGCUGACGAGGGCGUCCACAGCUGGUGGAUGGGUGUGAACAUGUUCGCUGACAUGGACACUGCAAACGGGGAGACCCCAUGUGGCUGCAUGAGACCCCGAAAUCAGGACAGCAAGUGUGGCAAGUCUGAUGGAGACUGUUGAAAGCUGACGGAGCAGCAGAGUGUGAAGUGAAGGCUCAGGACUACAGUCCACCGACAGUGAUCUGCACAGCUGCAAACAUGUUAUGCAAUCGUCUUGAAUCAGCCAUACAGUAGAUCAGGCAAAACCACUAUCCAAUCAACUUGCUGCCGUUCUUGCUUGCUAUUUCAAAAUAUUGUCCCCCUGUCUGCAACAAUAUACUGCAUGCUUCAGAAUUGAAUUUCAAUGUUUGAUUUUUAGAUUCGAUUUUUUAGAGGAUAUUAGUCAUCCAGACGUGUCACUCUAGCAUCAGCAUAUUUUGAACAUUGGGUUUUACCCUGCGCAAUUGUUGUUGGGGGCAAAGCAGGGAAGUGUUUCUAUGGUGUCUAGUAGAAGUGCAGAAACACAUCUUUCUUGUAAAUGAAGGAUUUAAAGCAACACUAAAGAGUUUUUCGUACCGUAACAUAAUGUUUCCAAUUUUUUUCAGCGGUUCAUCAACUCGUAACCGGGUGAACGGCACUUCUGCAUUCACUUCGCGCCCUUCUAUCGGCUAUAACCGCACUAUGUAACUUUACCAGAUCAGGUAGCGUACCUGUAGUUCGAGGAAAUGAGACCUAAGAAACUACACAUUUCACCUGCUUCGAUGUCGCAAUACAUCACACGUUCAUACAGUACAGUAAAAUCAUGCAACAUGCUCUACCUUCGUCAGUGGACAUUGUUAUUUGGUGGAUAAACAAAUAGCCUGUGUGCAACAGAGGAAAAGUGCUUUAGUGUUGCUUUAAGUGCAGUUGUUUACUCAAUUCCAAAGAAAAUACACAUCCAUAUCUGUGGAACCCUGUCACCAUCAGCACAGCCAUUGGUUGCGUUGAAUGUGCUAUUCUGGCGUCGCAUAAAGCCGCCCCGUGGAUGCAAUGGGCCCUGAGUGCAGUGAUGGGCAAGCUACUUAGAAAAUGUAGUGAGCUAAGCUACCAGUUACUCCAUCUGUUACAUUACAUGACAUUGCAUUACAUUACAUUUAGCAGACUAUUUAUCUGUCCAAAGUGACUAUAUUACAAAGGGAUUACAUUUUUACUGGAGCAACUUGGAGUUAAGUGCCUUGCUACUGCAUGGCUACUGAUGCUAGCCCAGCUCCUUAACCACUACACUACCACGACCCUACAGGCUACUGCUGCUAGCCCAGCUCCUUAACCACUACACUACCACCACCCUACAGGCUACUGCUGCUAGCCCAGCUCCUUAACCACUACACUACCACGACUCUACAGGCUACUGCUGCUAGCCCAGCUCCUUAACCACUACACUACACUACCACGACUCUACAGGCUACUGCUGCUAGCCAAGAUCCUUAACCACUACACUACCACCACCCUACAGGCUACUGCACACUAGCCCAGCUCCUUAACCACUACACUACCACCACCCUACAGGCCUGCUGCUAGCCCAGCUCCUUAACCACUACACUACACUACCACCACCCUACAGGCUACUGCUGCUAGCCCAGCUCAUUAACCACUACACUACCACCACUCUACAGGCUACUGAUGCUAGCCCAGCUCCUUAACCACUAUACUACCAUCUUGAAUGAAGCUUAUCUACAUAAAAGCUUCAUCAAGACAAAAUGUAGCAAGCUAAGUUACAUACACCUCACAAAUGUAGUUUACUGUAUCAGAAGCUACUUUGCAAUUUGCAAAAAAAUGAACAUAAACAGAUAAAGUGAACUGGCUUCAUACCAAGUCAGUGCUAUGGCAAUGACCUAGCCAACAUAACUCAUUCAAACAGACACAGUAACUUUGUAGCCUUCAUCCAAGCCACUUUAUGCUAUACAAAUUGGGUCUCAAGGUCAAAAAGGUUAAGAAUCCCUGGGCUAUAAUGUAUGUUCAGUGAACCUUUAAUUGUUACUCUCCAGUGAAAGGCAGGCAGGACCUAGUGAGACAGCGUGUGUAUGACGCAUGCUUAUGCUAGUGAGACAGUGUGUGUGUGACCCAUGGUUAUGCUCCAUUUAAUGUUGGGUAUUUAGCUCUUGCUAUUGAAUAGUUUGUCUUACAAGUUUACACAGAAUAGAGUAGGCUACAUGAUUCCCACUUAUUUAGUUUGUCUUACAAGUUUACACAGAAUAGAGUAGCCUACAUGUUUCCCAGACAACUUAGUGAAAUAAAAAAGGAACAUGAAGCUUCACUGCGCACUAUAAGUUUAAAAAUGUUGAUGUAAAAAAAAAAAAAAAAAUACUAUUGAAAAGCUGUUUCAGCUACGCUACCAACAAGCUACUGCUAGCUUCGCUGCAAUUAGGGAAGCUACUGCCUGUCACUGACUGAGGGGAUCCUUUCCAGAUGGACUGGCAGAGCAACAUCAGAUUUGUUACACUUUUACCCAUCAAAGCCAAUUAAAAUAGGCGGUGAAGCUGCCAAUCAAGAAGUGACCUUAGGUUUCAUGAGCGCUAAUAAGCUCAUGACGUGCCAUGGAGAUUCUGGCCUGCUGAACUGCUUGGCCCUCUCAUCAUUGGCCGGGUUUCCCAGAUUCGUUAAGAAGCUCUUAAGUGCUAAGAACUUCAUAGGA